AUGGCGACUGACGCCGGACCCCGUCCUGCACCCAUUCGAUCGAACGAAGAGCUCAACAUUACUGUUCUUCGCCGGCACAAUCCUUCAGUAUCUGCGAUCCUGUCGUUGGCUCCUUUUGCAGUGGUAUAUACGUUUAGUACAACUGCACAGUCAUGGGAAAAGAGCGGGAUCGACGGCACCCUGUUUGUCUGCCAACUCACCAAAGGCCCUCUCGGCGAGGAAAGAUACAACGUUAUGGUACUAAACAGACGAGGGAUGGAAAACUUCGAGGCCACGCUAUCUAAUGGUGACGAUGUCGAAAUCACUGAUGAAUACAUAAUUUUGAAAGUUGACGGGGUUGAAAAGGGACGCGACGGCGCCAUCAACUCCCCAGACAAGAAGACCUUGAUGAUAUAUGGACUAUGGAUUUUCUCCGAGCCGGCACCAAGUUCGACGGCUGAGACUAGGACGCUGAAUGCGCAGAUGAUCAAAGAAUGCGCUGUACACGGUGGAGAGAGCAGGAAACUCGCGGAGGAGAGGCUAGCCGCAGAGCGUAGCCAGAGCGCCCAUCCAGAAGCUGCCCCGGAUUCCAUACCCAUGAACCGACAGGCCUCUCUGCAGGCAUUGUUCGGUCAGCAAAGAGCCCAAGAUGAUGCAUGGAGCGUCAGAGUUCAUAGUCCCGUACACGCCUCCGGCCCUCAAGGUUUCAUGCAACAAUCACGACAACCAGCCAAUAUUGAAUCUGUUCUUCAGGAAAGUCCAGCUGGAGCUGCUCCAAAAGGUGACGAUGUCAUAGGCCAGCUAUUUCGCAAAGCAGGGAUUGGAUUUCAGGGUCAGUCCUAA